AUGAUACCAUCCAUGGUGGUUGACUUGCUGAUGCAAAACAAGAUCAAUUACGUCAAGCUUUUCAGUGCAAGUGACAAUGUCUUGGAAGCCUUUUCAGCGACUGACAUUGGACUGGAAAUCACAAUGCCUAAUCAAUCUACACAGAAGAUGAAAACUCAGGCUGAUGUGGAUGAGUGGGUGGUUCAGAUUAUUGUAAGCCAUCCCAAUGUCCAUUUCACGUAUGUUUGCAUUGGGACGCAGCCAUUAUCGACAAGAUUUUUCAAUCAAACAUAUCCCGAAGCUAUUCAGGUAUUGGACUGGAUGCAACAAGCUCUUAAUUUAAUGAAUAAAAGUGAAAUUAAAGCAACAAUGAGUCAUUUCACUGAUGUCCUCAUCCAUGCAAAGAAACCAUCAGAGGGUGCUUUCAGAAAAGAUUUAGAGCCAAACAUUACUAGGUCAUGCCAGAUUCUGCAGAGCAACAAUGCUCCAAUUGGAGUGGUUAUUUUCCCACUCGUUAAUGUUAAUGAUUUGUUCAACGGUGACACUGAAUUUGCAUUUCUUGAGAACAACUCCACCUCAGUGUUCAAAGAUGGGGACAAAACCUAUUCAAAUGUCGUAGAGGUCAUGUAUGAUAUGUUCGAUGUUGCAUUAGAGAAAGUGGGGUGUCCAAACAUGACAAUCAUUAUAGAUGCAAUUGGAUGGCCAACAGAUGGAAUAAAAGAUGGAAACAUCCCAAAUGCACAGAGAUUUUAUCAGGGCUUGGCUAAAUUUGUAGCUAGUAAGAAAGGAACUCCUCGACGUCCUGGUCCGAUUGAUGUCUAUAUCCAUAAUUUAUCUGAUGAAAAUAAGAUAAACAAGAAUGCCGGGUCUUUCAUGCGACACUGGGGUAUCUACAAAUUUGAUGGACAGCCUAAGUUUAACUUUGAUCUUCAGGGGCUUGGGCGCGAUGUCAAGCUAGUACCAGCUAUAGGCAUUACACAUAUGCCUAAAAGGUGGUGCAUUUUCAAUGACCGAUACACAUCAGAUAUUGGUAAAGUUGCUUAUAAUGUUUUUGAUGAUCAAGUAAAGUACGCAUGUGACACUGCAGAUUGCACGGCAUUGGAUCCUGGAGGUUCAUGCAGCAAUUUGACAUACAUGCAGAGGCUUUCGUAUGCCUUUAAUGUGGGCUUCCAAAAGGCUGCUCAAAGUGUGUACAACAAAUCGUGUUAUUACAACGGAUAUGGUAAGAUAGUCUCAGAAGAUCCUUCAACUCCAUCCUGCACAUUCCCUGUGGAAAUAUUAGCUGCUGAGAUCCCUAAUUUUACUGGAUACGCACGAAGCCUGGCUCAUGCUCUCAAGCCAUCAUCGAUAUCAUUGAUGACUGUUGUCGUGCAGGCGUUGUACAUCUGCUUCACUUUAAUGUGUACAUGCUGA